ACUUAGCUGACCCAUCUUCGUUCGGUCAACCUGUUUUGCCCCAGUUCAUGUGUUCACUGCUAUAUAAGCAACAUGCCCGGCGCUACUGGUAUUAGUCUAAUAGAAACAUUUCACCCCAGUUCAACGGACAAUAUCAAGCAAAAUGAGAGUUAUUGCACUGAUAUGCGUUUUAUUCAUAGCCUGUGAGGCAACCUUCAUACCGGUUAACCUGCCACUUCCUAUUCCGUUUCCAUCGCCGGAUGUCCGCGAGGUGGAAAAGAGCAUACAAACUGUGAAGGAAGUCAAAGUCCCGGUAGUAAAAAAGGUCCCCGUAAAUCAAGUUGUGCACGAUGUGCAUGAAGUUCCCGUCAUCAAAGAGGUGCCGGUGAUUAAUGAGGUCAAAGUGUUCCGUGAUGUGGAAGUGAUCCGGGAAGUUCCGGUGGAAAAGGAGGUCCACAAACGUGUAGAAGUGCCCGUCGAAGUCAUCAAGGAAGUUGAGUUGAUCAAGGAAGUGCCAAUCAUCAAGGAGGUUCCGCACGUGAAGAUAGUGAAGGUCAUCAGGGAGGUUCCCGUGGAGGAAAUUGUCACGAAAGAUAUAUACGAACCGGAAACUAACGCAGUGAAAAUACCCAUCCGAGUACCUGUGGUUCAGGAGGAAGAUAAAGUGCAAGCAUCUAAACUGUCUGGUUUGUUGGGCUUCAAGAAGUAUCUCGGAUGAACAAAUAUAGAAUAACUAUUUAUUGACAA